AAUAAAUAAACUUCGAGCGGAUCCUGUGACCUGGCGGCAGUCCGUUCCAAGAUGGCCGCAUGAGUGGAGAAUUCACACAUCUCCAAUAAGAAACUAAUCCAACGGCUAGCUAGCUAGCUAGUUGGUUAGCUUCCCCCACACACAACUUUAACUACCCGGUUUGCCGGAGAAUGAGACGACGACUCGGGCGGCAUAUGUUGCUGUUUUCAAUCGGAAUGUGAGGACAGUACACAGGGGACGACGUGGGAGCCAUGGAAUAAAACCAGUGCUGGAGUUGGAGGGCUUCGAGGGCCCGUUGCUUUCGUCCAGCAUGGACAGCUUCUUCAAGGCGGCUGUUUGUGAUCUGGACAAACUGCUGGAUGACUUUGAGCUCAAUACUGAGGAACAUGAAUGCAAAUCUGUUUUCCUGAAGCCGUCCGUGUACCCGUUCUCCUCCCUGGGCUCCCAGUGUUUGACCUCUGAGGCCUCCAAGGUCCCACCGACCCUCCCCGACCUUAACGCUCUCCAUUAUGGUUCCGCCCCCGGCUGCCCCCACCGCCUUACAUCUCAGAACUGCAGCGCCGGCGACGACCCAGAGGUCAAAGUUCAGCCUCUCACGGCGGUGGACCUCCUCUCUUCCGUGGAUCGCGGGCCGGCUCAAAGCUCCGCCCCCCCCUGCCCCGACCGGGCCCUGAAGCCAGUGUGUGACCUGGUGAACGACACCAGCUCGGCCGUCCUGCUCAGGGCCGACAGCCACGAAGCUUUCAGCCAGCUGGACGUGGCGGAGAAGCAGAUGACAGAAGAGGAGGAGGAGGAGGAGGAGGUGGACACGCUGCUUGUGGACUUUGAGAGCCCGGUGGUCACCGGAGAGGCGUCACGCGGCGGCUUAGGAGACGACGGGCUGCUCGGUUCGGUCGCCGCUGAGCGGACCGCCGGGUUCUCCGCCUCGCUCAGUCUGCUGGACGUCAUUCUCCCCGCCGUGGCAGAGAGGAGCUGCGAGCCGGCCGAGGACUCGCCGUCACCGAGGAGCGCCGAGUCUGCCGGGAAGGAGGAGACUCGCCGCGAGGAGGCGGCCUGCACGGACCAAGUGGUCGGUCGCGCUUCAGGCCGCGGCGAGCCGGAGGCCCGUCUGCGUGACGGCGUCGAGGAAGCAACGACCCAAGCAAAGGCGGCGUCUCAGGGGUCCUCUGGCGAAGGCGAGGCGCAGUCCUUUGUUGGGUCGAACCCGGACAGCGCGCCGGGGGGCCUGUCAUGCCUCCCCAUCGCCGUGUCCAUCUGUGGGGCGCUGCUGAAGGCGGCGGCCGCGGAGGACGAGUCGCGGCGAGCCGACGAGCCUCGCCAAGAGGCUGCGGGCGACGCCCCCGAGAACCCCGACUGCACGCCGCCCUCUGAAGCCACGUCCCGUCUGGAGGAUCCCGUAGAGGACGCGCAGAGAAGGGCGUCGCCGGAGGGGCGUCUCGCCGCCUCGGCCCCCGUGGACCCCGCCUCCUGCGAGCGCUCAGAACCCAGCCCGGUGGAUCCGCCCCAGUUCGGCUUUGAGUACCUGCCCGAGAGCGAGCAGGCCGAGCUGCUGGUCACGGACGAGGAGCUGGAGGCGUUCCUGCAGGCGCACGCGGAAGCGGAGCAGAGAGGAGCCUCUCUCAGUGGAGGUCUGGAAGGCCGACUCGGUGCCGAGGAGCCCAGCAUCUGUGGAGGAGAAGGAGUGGAAGACCUGGCGUCUCCAGAGAGCGAUAGAACGAUGCCUGGCGAGGGAGGGUUAAACCACGGCGCUCCAUCGCAGAACUCUGACGGACCUCCGUGCCAAGAGGAGCCAGAGCUCCCACUAACCAGCAACUCCUUCCAGCCGCAGCACGGCGGCCCCGAUCAGCCGCCCGCCUACGGCGGAGCGAGACCCAAACAGCUCCACUGCCAAACCGCCAGGUCUCCAGCAACAGGAGAGGAGGGCGGAGAAGAGCCGGCUGGGACGCUCGGGGAGGACGGGGAGGACGGCUCGCCCUCCAGUCUCCCGGAGGAAUAUUCCAACAUAAGGGACCUGAGCCCCAUGUGCCCCUCCCAGGAGCCCCGGGACCACAGCGUCGGGUGCGACGAGCUCUCGGAGCCGCCUCCGUACCCCGGGGACUCGCCCUCGGACGGGGAAGGGACGGCGGCCUGGAAGACGGAGGGGGCGGAGGAGCUGGGGACCAGGCAGCCGGCCUGGAUGCCCGACUCCGAAGCCCCCAACUGCAUGAACUGCACCCAGAGGUUCACCUUCACCAAGAGACGCCACCACUGCCGGGCCUGCGGGAAGGUGUACUGUGCCGUGUGCUGCAACAGGAAGUGCAAGCUGAAGUACUUGGAGAAAGAGGCCCGCGUGUGCGUCGUCUGCUUCGACACGAUCCACCGGGCCCAGGCCCUGGAGCGGAUGAUGAGUCCUGCAGGUCCCAGUCCCAACCCCAACGUCCCGUCUGAGUACUGCAGCACCAUCCCCCCUCUGCAGCAGGCCCGAGCCGCCGGCACGCUAAACUCCCCUCCGCCCACCGUCAUGGUGCCCGUGUCCGUUCUCAAACACCCGAACAACGACAGUUGUCCUCGGGAGCAGAAGCGCGUCUGGUUCGCCGACGGCAUCCUGCCCAACGGGGAGGUGGCGGACACCAGCCGGCUGUCGGUGCCGAGCCGCCGCAGCUCGCAGGAGUUCGGACCCGCGGCUCCGGACCCGACGGCACCCGUCUCGGAGGUGGAGGUCGGCGGCUCCUCCUCCGCCCCCGAAGCCCCGUUGGAGGCGGAGGCGGUCCGGCCCCCCCCCUCGGGGCCCUGGGACUACGCCCUGCUGUGUGGAGUCGGCGGCUCGGUGACCAGGGUUCCCAGCCUGCUGCCCGACAACGAGGAGGACCUCCCUCCUCUGCUCAUCAGCACCGGGGAGGAGGAGGAGGCCGCAGAUGUUUUGGUCGAGGAAAGCCCCGCCCCCUGCCAGAUCCUGCACCUAUUGGAGGAGGGAGGACCUCGACCGCUGACGUUCGUCCUCAACGCCAACCUGCUGGUCAACGUCAAGCUGGUCACAUACUCGGGGCGGCGCUGCUGGUGUUUGGGCUCCAGCGGGCUGCAGGCUCUGGGUCAGAAGGAGCUGGUCUUUCUGUUGGAGUGUUUGCCAGAAGAGAAAAGUCUCCCCAAAGACCUCUUCACACUUUAUCUCAACAUCUACCAAGAGGCCCAGAAAGGGAAGUUCCUGGAGGAGCUCGACAACGUGACCUUCACCAGCAGCUUCCUGGGUAGUAAGGACCACGCCGGGAUGCUCUUCUUCUCCCCCAGCUGCCAGCCUCUGGACGGCCUCUCUCUGCCCCCCCCGCCCUUCAUGUUCGGCCUGCUGGUCCAGAAGCUGGAGGUCCCGUGGGCCAAGGUCUUCCCCCUGCGCCUGCUCCUGCGGCUCGGAGCUGAAUACAGUGUUUAUCCCACCACGUUGACCAGUGUCCGCUUCCGUGACUCGGUGUACCGGGAGACGGGACACACCAUCAUGAACCUGCUGGCUGACCUGAGGAACUACCAGUACAGCCUGUCGGUGGUGGAGGGCCUGAGGAUCCACAUGGAGAUGGGACACAGCUACAUCGACAUUCCCAAGAGCAGCUUCAACGAGAUGCAGAAGGUGGUGAACGCCGCCAACGAGCACGUCAUCAGCAUCGGGGCGCGGUUCAGCUCGGAGGCCGACUCCCACCUGGUGUGUUUCCAGAGCGAGGAGGGCAGCUACCAGACGCAGGCCAGCAGCAAGCCGGGCCAGACCCGCACAGUGACCGGGGCCAGCUUCGUGGUGUUCAACGGGGCCCUGAAGGCCUCGUCGGGCUUCAUCGCCAAAUCCAGCAUCGUGGAGGACGGGCUGAUGGUGCAGAUCCCUCCGGAGACCAUGGAGGCCCUGCGCGGCGCCCUGAGGGAACAGACCGACUUCCACAUCCCGUGCGGCAGGAACGACGGCGGGGAGCCGCGGGAGAACGUCAGCGUGCGCUGGGUGGACCGCAGCUCGCCGGUCAACGCCGGCAGAAGCAGCGCGGUGGACGGCAGACCUCUGGACGGAGUGCGCAGCGUGCGGAUGCAGCAGGAGGCGGAGUUUGAGUCGGACGGACGCACCAUCAGAUGCACCGAGGUCUUCUACCAGCCGAGGGCUCCGGAGGCGGCGCCGUCGUCCUGCGGCGUCUUCCAGAAGGAGAUGGCGCUGGCCGCCUGCAGCGCUCUGACGCCUCACCUCGCCGUGCUGGCGGCGAGCGGCAUCAACGCGCUGUCGCUGCGCGUCUCCACUCAGGCCGACAUGGUGGAGUACCAGGCCGGCUCCGGAGGCCGGCUCCUCCCCCAGCGCUACAUGAACGAGCUGGACGGCGCCCUCAUCCCCGUCAUCCACGGCGGCGGCGCCAGCGUCCCGCAGACCGCCAUGGACAUGGAGUUUGUCUUCUACAUCACGCACGCCAUCUAACCCCCUGAGACAAGGGGGGGGGAGACACACUAACUGCACAGCUGGUUUAUUUUGCACAGUUUGGUCGUCGGGCUGCAACACCCCCCUGAGAGGGGGGGGGGGGGGGUCAGUGGAGGGACCUAAACAGACUUUAUUUUUUACUUUUGACUUCACCAAAGCUGCUUUUAACAAGCCGAACACUAAACGAGGAUUACGACCAAAUACCACCUGACCGCUUGUCCUUGCUCCGCCUUCCGUUGGCAGCAACUCGGUGAAUGUCCCCCCCCCCCCGUCAUUCAACACGGGCUCGUUGGAUGAAUGGCGAUAUUAGAAGCGUUCAUCACAUGGCGUGAACGCAUCCUUCAUCAGCAGCAACACGGCCACCGAGAAGGUCAAAGCGCCACAAGAAACGCACCAACUGAGCGAUGAGUCCUCAGAAAUCUCACAGCAACGACGUCAUUAUUACAGCUUUACUCAAGUUACUACUUCCUGUUCAAAGUAUUCAGAAUGUCCCUUUAAGCCAAACAAUUAUUCCACGGCACUCGUACGACGACUGGAGGGUUUGUUGGAGGAGACUUAAACGCGUUCAAAUGUGUCUUUGGCUUCCUCUUCAUUCCCAGUUGUUGAGUUAUAAACUUUACGCUGAGUUAUAAACUUUACGCAGAGUGAGUUAUAAACUUUACGCAGAGUGAGUUAUAAACUUUACGCAGAGUGAGUUAUAAACUUUACGCUGAGUUAUAAACUUUACGCAGAGUGAGUUAUAAACUUUACGCUGAGUUAUAAACUUUACGCUGAGUUAUAAACUUUACGCUGAGUUAUAAACUUUACGCUGAGUUAUAAACUUUACGCUGAGUUAUAAACUUUACGCUGAGUUAUAAACUUUACGCUGAGUUAUAAACUUUACGCUGAGUUGAGUUAUAAACUUUACGCUGAGUGAGUUAUAAACUUUACGCAGAGUGAGUUAUAAACUUUACGCAGAGUGAGUUAUAAACUUUACGCUGAGUGAGUUAUAAACUUUACGCAGAGUUAUAAACUUUACGCUGAGUGAGUUAUAAACUUUACGCUGAGUGAGUUAUAAACUUUACGCUGAGUUAUAAACUUUACGCUGAGUUAUAAACUUUACGCUGAGUUAUAAACUUUACGCUGAGUUAUAAACUUUACGCUGAGUUAUAAACUUUACGCUGAGUUAUAAACUUUACGCUGAGUUAUAAACUUUACGCUGAGUUGAGUUAUAAACUUUACGCUGAGUGAGUUAUAAACUUUACGCAGAGUGAGUUAUAAACUUUACGCAGAGUGAGUUAUAAACUUUACGCUGAGUGAGUUAUAAACUUUACGCAGAGUUAUAAACUUUACGCUGUGUGAGUUAUAAACUUUACGCUGAGUGAGUUAUAAACUUUACGCAGAGUGAGUUAUAAACUUUACGCUGAGUUAUGGACGACAAAGUGACAAAGCUCAACAUAAUUGAAAACGUCCUCCUGCUGUUUUCUUCAUUUUUUCUUUGUUUCCUUUGAUUUCAGCUGAGACGCUUCUGCUCUUUACAAGAAGCACAACGUCCUCUUCACCUUUUAGCUCGAUCCCAAUGUUUUUUCUUUAGUUUGGAAGAUUUUUACUUAUAAGCAAUUAUGAAUGUACAGACUUUCUGAAAAAUCUUAAAUUUAUUUUUGGAUAUUUUGGGAAUUAUUCUUAUUUUUCUUGCUGAUUGUUUGAUAAAACGCUCUUAUCCUUGAGCAGGUAAAGCCAGCAGCCUGUUAGCUUAGCAUAAAGACUGGAAACCAGGGAUUUAAAACAAUUCUGCCUUCAAAGCUCAUGAAUGAACAAGUUUAAUCGUAUUUAUUUCAGUUCGAAACAAUAAGUUAUGCUUCCUGUCUUGAAUAGAUUUCCUGUUUUCACGGCAGAAACCCAUCACAACACGUCACAGGGACAAAGUCGCCCUUUUUUUCUUCACCAGCUUCUCGUCUUUCUACCAAAUUCAAAGGUGUGAUGGUCUGAAUUCCUCGUACGAGUGUCGUGGUUCAAGUCGAUCUCUUUUCUGUCUGCGCUCUUUUGUUCAAGCAUUAUUCUUGGAAUCAUCGGCACAAACACGAAUAGUUCGUACUGUCGACAGAAAGCUGCAGAAAAGACAAACACCAGAAAGCUUCUCCAGAAAUACACAAAUGUAAUAUGUAACAUUAUUGUUUUACGGUGGAAAACAUCUGGAGGCGAGCGGCACUGCAUAAAGAAUGUGUAGGUAGAUGCAUUACAUGAAACCUUUUUAAUGAUUAUAACUGGGAAAAUCAUUUCUUGUCUUGUGUUUGUUCUUAAGCACAAUUUAAAUACCUCUUCCCCCCCCCCAAAAAAAAACCCCUCCGUGUGUUGACGCUGAACAUGAAGCCAACAGCUGUGCAGAUGACAUUAAAACAUCUGUUCGAUCCACGUUACUUCUGUUAUUUAACCUUUGGAGGCAGAAUAAUUUCCUUCAUAUUAUAUAUAUAUAUAAAAAUAAUCUCGAUCAAGGCAGUAAAUUAUUAUAUUUUCUCUGAAGGAUCAAAUUGUCGAGUUUGUUUUGUGUGACUCAUCAGCUCGUUGGAGGUGGACCUGGUAUCCGGGUCCGAUUCAACCGUCUGAAUAACUCGCCUAUUAAACGAAUAAAACGAGUUUUCUGAGACAAUA